UGGGUCCACUGGAACACCAAAGUUGAGGAAUAUUUUUAUCCAUCUGAUUCCACUCCAGAGUACAGCUCCAUCUUGGUCCCCAAUGUUGACAAUGUUCGAACAGACUUUUUAAUUCAGACCAUCGCCAAGCAGGGCAAGGCUGCUUUGCUGAUUGGAGAGCAAGGAACAGCAAAGACUGUGAUCAUCAAGAGCUACAUGUCAAGGUACAACCCUGAGACUCACAUGGCCAAGAGUCUCAACUUCUCCUCUGCUACCACACCACUCAUGUUCCAGAGGACCAUUGAGAGCUACGUAGAUAAAAGAAUGGGGACCACAUAUGGCCCCCCUGCUGGGAAGAAAAUGGCAAUUUUUGUAGAUGAUAUCAACAUGCCUGUUAUCAAUGAAUGGGGAGAUCAGGUGACUAAUGAAAUUGUCAGGCAGCUUAUGGAGCAAAAGGGCUUCUACAAUCUGGACAAACCUGGCGAAUUCACCAAUAUUGUUGACAUUCAGUUCCUGGCAGCCAUGAUUCAUCCAGGCGGAGGCCGUAAUGACAUCCCACAAAGACUGAAAAGGCAGUUCUCCAUCUUUAACUGUACACUGCCAUCAAAUGCCUCCAUAGAUAAAAUAUUUGGUGUGAUUGGCGAGGGCCACUUCUGCACASGCCGUGGUUUCUGUGAGGAGGUACAAAGCAUCGUUCCUCGUCUAGUGUGUCUAACUCGCCGCCUCUGGCAGCUGACAAAAGGGAAGAUGCUUCCGACUCCUGCAAAGUUCCACUACAUCUUCAACCUGAGAGAUCUCUCCAGGGUGUGGCAAGGGAUGCUCAACACAACCGCUGAGGUGGUCCACUCUGUUAAGGUUUUGCUGGCACUGYGGAAGCACGAGUGCAAACGCGUGAUAGCCGAUAGAUUCACGAUGCCUGAGGAUGUGGAAUGGUUUGACAAAGCUUUGGCAAAACUGGUGCAAGAGGAGCUUGGGGAGGAGCACAUGAAGACGGUUGACUUUGGAGUCGAAACAUUCUUUGUUGACUUUCUACAAAAUGCUCCUGAAGCUACAGGGGAAGAGCCAGAAGAGUCRGACUUUGAUUUGCCCAAAGUCUACGAACCUAUUGGGUCAUUUGACAGUUUAAAAGAACGUCUGAACAUGUUCUUGCUUCAUUUCAAUGAGAGCGUCAGGGGUACUAGUAUGGACAUGGUGUUCUUUCAGGAUGCAAUGAUCCACAUGAUCAAGAUUUCGAGAGUACUCCGAACGCCAGGAGGUAAUGCCUUGUUGGUGGGUGUUGGGGGCUCUGGGAAACAGAGCCUGACCAGGCUGGCCUCUUUCAUUGCUGGAUACCAGAUCUUUCAAAUUACCCUUCCUAUAACACAGCUGACCUGAUGGAUGACCUGAAGGGUUUAUACAGAACAGCCGGUCAGCUGGGCAAAGGAGUCAGCUUCAUCUUCACAGACAAUGAAAUCAAACAUGAGUCCUUCCUGGAGUAUAUGAACAACGUCCUGUCAUCAGGAGAGGUGUCCAACUUGUUUGCUCGUGAUGAGAUUGACGAGAUCCUCAGUGACCUCAUCCCUGUGAUGCGGAGAGAAUUUCCCCGACGACCACCAACCAAUGAAAACCUGUACGAGUACUUCAUGUCACGGGUCCGACGCAAUCUCCAUGUUGUUCUGUGCUUUUCUCCCGUUGGGGAAAAGUUCCGCAACUGGGCACUGAAGUUCCCAGCACUGAUAUCUGGCUGCACCAUGGACUGGUUCAGUMGCUGGCCCAAAGAUGCACUGAUUGCAGUUUCAGAGCACUUCCUGUCUGCCUACGAUAUAGACUGCACUCCUCAGGUCAAACAGGAGRUUGUUCAGUGCAUGGGCUCGUUCCAGGAUGGUGUGGCAGAAAAGUGUGUGGAAUAUUUCCAAAGAUACCGGCGCUCCACUCAUGUCACACCCAAGUCCUACCUGUCCUUCAUCCAGGGAUACAAGACCAUCUAUGAGCAAAAGAGGUCUGAGGUCCAGACUUUGGCCAACAGGAUGAACACUGGUCUGCAAAAGCUGAAGGAGGCUUCAGAGUCUGUAGCAGCUCUCAGCAAAGAGCUGGAGGUGAAAGAAAAGGAGCUGCAGGUUGCCAAUGACAAGGCUGACAUGGUGCUCAAGGAGGUGACGGUAAAAGCCCAGGCAGCAGAGCAGGUUAAAGUAGAAGUGCAGAAAGUAAAGGACAAGGCCCAAGCCAUCGUAGACAGCAUUUCAGCUGACAAGGCCAUUGCUGAAGAGAAACUAAAAGCUGCUAAGCCGGCUCUGGAGGAGGCAGAGGCCGCGCUCAAGACCAUAAAGCCUUCUGACAUUGCCACAGUACGAACCCUCAGCCGUCCUCCCCACCUCAUCAUGAGGAUCAUGGACUGCGUGCUGCUGCUCUUCCAGAGGCGGCUCAAUACUGUGAAGUUCGAUCCAGAGAAAAACUGCAACACUCCUUCUUGGCAGGAGUCCCUAAAACUGAUGACAGCUGGAAACUUCCUUGGCAGCUUGCAGCAAUUUCCAAGAGACGACAUUAAUGAAGAAACUGUGGAGUUUCUGCAGCCUUAUUUUGAAAUGCCUGACUACAACAUCGAAACAGCCAAGAAGGUGUGUGGCAAUGUGGCCGGCCUUGCAUCCUGGACCAAAGCUAUGGCCUCGUUCUUCUCCAUCAACAAGGAGGUCUUGCCCUUACAGGCUAACCUUGCAGUGCAGGAAAGUCGUCUGACCACUGCCAAUGCGGACCUUCAAGUGGCUCAAGCUGAACUGGAUGCGAAGCAGGCAGAGCUGGAUGUGGUGCAGGCCGAGUAUGAGAAAGCCAUUAAUGAGAAACAGAUGCUACUGGAGAACGCUCAGCGUUGCAGACACAAGAUGCAGACUGCAUCCAGUCUCAUCAGCGGCCUUGCUGGUGAGAAGGAGAGAUGGACAGAGCARAGCAAAGAGUUUGCUGCUCAAACCAAACGCCUUGUAGGGGAUGUUCUCCUGGCCACAGCAUUCCUCUCAUAUUCUGGCCCCUUUAAUCAGGAGUUUCGAAAYCUUCUGCUGAGUGACUGGCAGCGAGAGCUAAAGCAGCGAUGCAUCCCAUUUGGCAACAACCUUAAUCUGACUGAGUUUCUCAUUGAUGCAAACACUGUUAGUGAAUGGAACCUCCAGGGACUUCCCAAUGAUGACUUGUCUAUUCAGAAUGGCAUCAUUGUGACCAAAGCUCCUCGCUUCCCUCUCCUUAUUGACCCACAGACACAAGGAAAAAUUUGGAUCAUGAACAGAGAAGCUCGGAAUGAGUUGCAGAUUACCUCACUGAACCAUAAGUACUUCAGGAAUCACCUCGAGGACAGUUUGUCUCUUGGUCGCCCCCUACUGAUUGAGGAUGUAGAGGAGGAACUGGAUCCUGCUCUUGACCACAUUCUUGAGAAAAACUUCAUCAAAACUGGCCGCACCUACAAGGUGAAGGUUGGCGACAAAGAGGUGGAUGUGAUGAAAGGCUUCAGGCUCUAUAUGACCACCAAGCUCCCUAACCCAGCUUACACUCCUGAAAUCAGCGCUCGCWCCUCCAUCAUUGACUUCACCGUCACCAUGAAAGGACUGGAGGACCAGCUGCUGGGUAGAGUCAUCCUCACUGAAAAACAGGAAAUGGAGAAGGCGAGGACAGACCUCUUAGAAGAUGUGACAUCCAACAAGAGAAAAAUGAAGGAGCUCGAGGACAACCUUCUGUACAGACUUACCAGCACACAGGGUUCACUUGUGGACGAUGAGAGUCUGAUUUCGGUUCUCAGCAGCACAAAGCAAAAGGCUGAUGAAGUCACUCAGAAACUCCAAAUUGCUGCMGAGACUGAGAUUCAGAUCAAUGCUGCAAGAGAGGAAUACCGACCCGUGGCCACUAGGGGCAGCAUCCUGUAUUUCCUGAUCACUGAGAUGAGUAUGGUCAACGUCAUGUAUCAGACUUCUCUCAGGCAGUUCCUGGGACUUUUUGACCUUUCACUUGCUCGAUCUUCUAAAAACCCCAUCACAAGCAAACGGAUCGCCAGCAUCAUAGAGUUCAUGACCUUUGAGGUGUAUAAGUAUACUGCACGGGGUCUGUACGAAGAGCACAAGUUUCUCUUCACUUUGCUGCUGACGCUGAAGAUCGACAUGCAGAGCAACAAUGUCAAACACGAGGAAUUCCACACUCUCAUUAAAGGAGGUGCAUCUCUGGACCUAAAAGCGUGUCCCCAAAAACCAGCCAAGUGGAUCCUGGAUAUGACCUGGCUCAACCUUGUAGAGCUAAGCAAGUUGUGGCAGUUCUCUGAUAUACUAGAUCAGAUAAGKCAAAAUGAGAAACAGUGGAAGUCCUGGUUUGAUAAAGAAGCCCCUGAGGAGGAAGUGAUUCCAAACUCCUACAACCAGAGUCUGGACUGUUUUAGGCAGCUGCUCCUCAUCCGCUGUUGGUGUCCCGACAGGACCAUUGCACAGGCCCGUAAAUACAUAAUGAGCACAAUGGGAGAGAAGUAUGCUGAAGGGGUGAUUCUUGACUUGGAGAAGAUGUGGGAGGAAUCCGACCCACGGACACCUCUUAUCUGCUUUCUUUCCAUGGGAUCUGAUCCAACUGACUCCAUCAUUGCGCUGGGGAAGAAGCUCACGAUUGAGACGCAAUGUGUGUCCAUGGGACAAGGACAGGAGGUCUACGCUCGCAAACUUUUGCAGGAGACAAUGGCUAAUGGUGGCUGGGCGUUACUUCAGAACUGUCAUCUAGGUCUGGACUUUAUGGAUGAACUAAUGGAUGCGGUGACAGAAACAGACUUUGUCAACAACAGCUUCCGUCUUUGGAUGACAACAGAAGUCCACAAAAACUUUCCCAUCACUCUUCUGCAAAUGUCAAUCAAGUUCACCAACGAACCACCUCAGGGUCUCAAGGCAGGGCUCAAAAGGACUUACGGAGGUAUAAACCAGGAUGUUCUGGAUGUCAGCAACAUGGUCCAAUGGAAGCCCAUGCUCUACGCUGUGGCAUUUCUCCACAGUACAGUACAGGAGAGGAGGAAGUAUGGUCCUCUGGGAUGGAAUAUUCCAUACGAAUUCAAUCAGGCCGACUUCAACGCCACUGUCCAGUUUGUUCAGAACCACCUUGAUGACAUGGACAUCAAGCAGGGUGUCUCCUGGAGCACAGUGCAAUACAUGAUCGGAGAGAUUCAGCACGGCGGUCGCGUGACUGACGACUAUGACAAACGCCUCCUCAACACCUUUGCUAAGGUGUGGUUCAGUGAGGACAUGUUUGGAUCAACCUUUAACUUCUACAAGGGCUACAGCAUCCCAAAGUGCUCCACUGUUGACCAGUACCUGACUUAUAUUCAGAGUCUUCCAGCCUACGACACACCAGAGGUGUUUGGCCUCCACCCCAAUGCAGACAUAACCUUUCAGAGUAAACAGGCUAAGGAUGUUCUGGACACCAUCCUCAGUAUUCAGCCUAAAGACAGCKCUUCAGGAGGAGGGGAGACCAGAGAGGCUGCGGUGUCCAGGCUAGCUGACGACAUGCUGGAGAAACUGCCUCCUGACUACGUACCUUUUGAAGUAAGAGAGCGUCUGCAGAAAAUGGAUCCUUUUCAGCCCAUGAACAUCUUCCUCGGUCAUGAGAUUGACCGAAUGCAGCGGGUCAUAGUUCUGGUUCGAAACACUCUGACUGACCUGAAGUUGGCCAUAGAUGGAACCAUCAUCAUGAGUGAGAACCUGCGGGACGCAUUGGACUGCAUGUAUGACGCUCGCAUUCCAGCUCGCUGGAUGGAGGCAUCGUGGGCCUCCAGCACCCUGGGAUUCUGGUUCACAGAGCUGCUUGAGCGUAACCGGCAGUUCCAGGCUUGGAUCUUUGAAGGCCGCCCCAACUGCUUCUGGAUGACGGGCUUCUUUAACCCGCAGGGCUUCCUGACAGCCAUGAGACAGGAGAUCACUCGAGCCAAGGGCUGGGCCCUGGACCGCAUGGUUCUGUGCAACGAGGUGACCAAAUGGAUGAAGGACGACAUCACCCACCCACCCGCUGAGGGGGUGUAUGUCUACGGUCUCUACCUGGAGGGGGCCGGCUGGGACCGCCGCAACUGCAAACUCAUCGACUCCAAACCCAAAGUCCUCUUCGAGGCAAUGCCGGUCAUCAGGAUAUUUGCUGAGAAUAACGGUGUGAAGGAUCCACGCCUCUAUUCCUGCCCAGUCUACAAGAAGCCAGUGAGAACAGACAUGAAUUACAUCGCAGCGCUGGACCUCAAAACCUCCCUUGCUCCAGAAUACUGGAUCCUCCGUGGUGUGGCUCUCCUCUGUGAUGUCAAAUGAUCCCUUUAGAUCAGAGGAGCCCAAAGUGGGGCCCGCGGGCCAMAUUUGGCCCUCCAAGCCAUUUGAUUUGGCCCACCAGCAGUUGCCAUAGUUAGUUGGUUGUAACUUGUUGUACUAUGUAGAAAGUAAUCAUUUCUUAUUAUACAUAAGCAGUUUUUUUCUUUCCUGAUGCUGAAAUGAUUGUAUUAAAUUGUAUGAAAAUACAUUGCUGUCAUGUCAUGUUGACCAGAGAGCUGUGAACUGAAUUGCCCUUUUAGGAUAAAUAAAGUUAUUUGAAGUUAAAGUAACAGUAUUUCCACCUAAAGUCAUUAUUUAUCCAUUGGUUCAGUGAGUAUAAGAGGCUGUAGUGCAGAGUUUUCACUCAUGGGGUUGACUUUGUCUUUGAUAUAUUAAGAUUAAACAUCAAACAUGAAAUACAUGGAACAAGAAGAUAUAUUUAGCUUAGAUUUAGCCACACAUGUAGAUUUGUACACUUUAUAAGUCCACAUUUAUUAUAUUGUCACAUUUGGCCUGCAGCCCUGGAUAGAUUUUCAUUUUGGCCCUCUCGAGGAAAAUGUUUGGGCACCUCUGCUUUAGAUAAUCUGUCAAAAUGACAAUUCUGUUGUAACUAAUGAAAUGUGAUUAAAUAUUAAUUUUUCACAA